GGGUCGUCCUCUCUUUCUUCCAGUUCAGGAUGGCCGGGAGUGCUCUCGUCAUCAACCAUAUCGCCAUCGUCAACGUCAUCGUCGUCGGUGUUCAUCGUCGUCGGAAGAUCUGGCUUGGCUUCUCUGGGUGUUCCCUGCUGUUGGUGCUAGUAACUUCCAAUCCCAAACCAGCACGCCCGCCCGAUCGCCACCUGCUCCUCAACCCUGUCGUGACGUUCCAGGCUUGCUGAGGAGCGCCAUCGUCGUCUGCUCCUGCGUCUCGCAUAACGACCGACCGCCUGCGCACGCAUCCUCGUCCCGCCCGCCGAACCCAGGCGCCGUUGGUUCGGUAAUAGCAGUAGCAAGACAAGUUCGAUCCCUUUACUUCCGCUGACGACGGCAAUCCGACGCUGGGGCAGAGGUGGAAGGUAGCAUAGCUUCGGCGGCGCGGUCUGGGGUCCCGAGCGGGAUACGCUUCUGUCGCUGUCGGCUGCCUACCCUGCGCAGAGUAAUCCUCCAG